AUGAAGGUUCUGGAGGUUAUAGUAGUUCUGGUAGCCCUGGUACAAGUUUCUCAAAGUUUCCCCACCUUGUACUACAGGAGUUGGUUGAGAUUGUUAAGGGAAGGAGAUAGCUGUGGAAAAUGCAAUUUGGAACUUUGCUCCAAACCUACACACUGUCCAGCUGGGACUGUAUUAGAUCAGUGUGGCUGCUGUCCUGAAUGUGGGAAUGUGGAAGGGCAGAUCUGUGACUUGGAUAAGGUCAAUCAUUUCUACGGGCAGUGUGGGGAGAACAUGGAGUGCAGGCUGGAUGCCGACGAAACCAAGUUUGGGGAAAUCCCUGAACCACAAUGUGUCUGCAAAUCCCAGGAAAGUGUCUGUGGACCUGAAGGCAAGACCUAUGUGAACAUCUGCCAAUUCAAUGAGGCUUACUCUGAGAAGAGAAGAAAUAUCAACAUGAAGCACAAAGGACCAUGUGAAUCAGCUCCUGUUAUUUCUUUGCCACCUCAGGAUGCUCAGAACUUCACAGGUAAUGACAUAAUCUUUGGCUGUGAGGUGUCCGCCUAUCCUAUGCCACACCUUGAGUGGAAGAAAAAAGGGAAUAAAAUGUUUCUGCCAGGAGAUGAUGCCCACAUCUCAAUCCAGGCAAGAGGUGGGCCUAAGAAGUACGGUGUGACAGGGUGGCUGCAAAUUCAAGGCAUCAAAAAAUCGGACGAAGGCAUCUACAUCUGCCAAACAAAAAACAAGUAUGGCACUGCAUAUGCAUCUGCAAGACUGAAAGUCAUUGAUGGUUCAUCCUCUACAUUUCAGAUUUCUGCUGGCAGCAGAAUCACAAGCUACACUACAGAUUAUGGAGACUAUUAUGACCAUACUGAAGAGGAUGAGGAGGAAGAAUAUGAAUCUGGAGACUAUGAAAAUUGAAAUAAGUUCCUAUGAUAGUCUAGAUAUAUUAAGGGUCCAAUAUCCUUCCCUUUCAGCUGUAUUUACCAGUGUGAUUGUUCUGUAAAGAGUCCCUUCCUUCCCACAGUUUAUAUAGCACUCUUCUGGAAUUUGCAGGAUGUGCUCAGUCAUUUGGCCAAAGAGUACUGUACUACAUAUCGCUAAUAAUAAUCAGAUAGACCAUAGGCUGGUAUUGUCAGACGAUUGAACACAACUCUUCAACAUGGACCUGCCUAUUAAGUAUUCUGAAAAAGAUCCUCUUCUCCAUUUUAAUAUUUUUAAAUGUUCAAGAUUGGAUUAACAAAAUCAGUUCUGAAACUAAAGGAACUCUUUACCUCCCGUCCAUUAUCUUCUUUCUGCAUUGCCCAUGUAGAUCUCAAGAGAGCAGUCACAAACACAAGUAGUUACGAUUGCAAAAUAGUUUCAAAUUAAACUUCUUUAACACUUUCAGGAAGACUUUCCUUUUCUGGUUUGAUAGCUUCCAGGGUUAGUCUCAGCCAAAAGUGAAUU